UGGCGCACGCUUACAUGACCUGUGAACGGGGCCCUCUUGACUCUGCAGAGCUUCCGUCCACCACGGAGUAGAGCAGCGCGCAGUAGUCCAUUGCGAACUGAUCGCUAAUCUGUUUGUGAUUGCUCCAGAAAUGUUUUAAUGGACUUUUGAUCAAAAAAGAUCUAUUCUCCAAAUCUCCAGAAAGCCAAUAUGUCAUCAGACUUGAAGAAGCGAAAAUCUAAGGUCGUCCGCAGUGAAGGAGGGACACCAGAAACGAAACGCGGACGUACCGAAGGAGAACAGCAGGAUGUUCGUAUUUACAAUGAGGAGGUGGAGCUGGACAGUAGAGACCCUGAACAGGACUAUGCUCAGUACAAAGAAUCUUGUGAAAGCUUGUCUACACUCAUGGCAGAGAUCCAAGAGCUGAAAGCCAAUGGAGCCAAAGAAGGGUCUCCUGAGGUUGAACAGAGACGUAUGCAAAGCUGUAUUCAUUUUAUGAACUUGAAAAAACUCAAUCGACUUGCUCACAUGCGACUGAAGAGAGGCCGAGACCAGACUCAUGAGGCUAAACAGAAAGUAGAUGUCCUUCACCUUCAGUUGCAGAAUCUCCUUUAUGAAGUUAUGCAUCUUCAGAAGGAGAUAAGCAAGUGUUUGGAGUUCAAGUCGAAACAUGAGGAGAUUGAUUUGGUGACUGAGGAUGUGUUCUACGAAGAGGCCCCACCAGAAAUUUCAAGGCCACACCUCACAAGUAAUGACCAGCAUCAACUCACAUUAGCACGCUUGGAUUGGGAACUGGAGCAAAGAAAAAGACUGGCAGAGAAAUACAAGGAAUCACUAACUACAAAGGAGAAGAUUCAAAAGAGCAUUGAAGUGAAGAAGGAACAUUUGGCAAGCUUGCAGCCUGGACUCAAUGCCAUUAUGCAGGCCUCACUCCCAGUGCAGGAGUUUCUGUCAAUGCCUUUUGAACAGACUCAGAAACAGACAGAGAUUGCACGGCACCUGCCUCCACCUCUCUAUGUCCUCUUUGUCCAAGCCAAUGCAUAUGGCCAAGCCUGCGAUAACAACCUUUCUGUCUCCAUCAAUGGGGAUGUGGAUGAGGCCAAAGCCCUUUCUAAACCCCCUGAAGAUUCUCAAGAUGAUGAAAGUGAUUCAGAUGCAGAAGAGGAGCAGGAGAAAACUAAGAGGAGAAGAGCCACAACCGGUGGUCAGCUAGAAGAGAAAAGACGGGAGAUGCUGAAACGACAUCCUCUCUCUGUUUGCAUUGAUCUCAAGUGUAAAGAUGGCAGUGUCCUUCAUCUUUACUUUUUUUACCUGAUGAAUCUAAAUAUAAUGACUGUAAAGACCAAAGUUACAACACCCACAGACCUCAGCACAGCCAUCAGUGCAGGAGAACUGUUGAGAUCAGACACACUCCUCAGCUGUCUCUAUGUUGGGGACCAGGGUGGGGAAACACCAAAUCCAGCCAAUCGCUACCAGUUUGACAAAGUCGGGAUUGUUUCUUUUGUAGACUAUGUUGAUGAACUGGGUCAUCCCUAUAUGUGGGUGCAAAAUCUAGGUGGAUUACAUUUUCCCAGUGACGGUUCAGAGAGUGUGUGUGUGGGCAGUUCUUUGAGCGCUAGCCACAUGGAAGCCACCAUGAAGUUUCUGAGAGCACGGGUCCAGUCCCGCUUGGCUCUGCAAAAACAAUUUGCAUCUUUAGAACACAGUAUUAUUCCAGUUUCAAUUGAGUGCCAAAACCUUGUACCGGCAAAGAUUAUUACUCGUUUAGCUCGCUGGACCACCAUUGCCUAUCAAGACUAUUUGGAAUUUCCUUAUACAAAACAUGUGACUGAAGCUGGCCUGGCAAAAGAUACUGACCUGUACUUCAUGGGUGUAGUUGAGAGGGGCACUGCUCGUCUUCACGCCGCGGUGGUGAUGAGUCCACGCUAUCCAGAAAUUGCCCCACUCUUCUCUCUGUCGCUCAACUGGAAGGGAGAACGUACUGGACGCACAGAUGACAACUUAAGAGCAAUAGAAAGUGAGGUGAAUAUGUUCAAACAUGAGCUGCAGGGCCCUCGUCCAGGUUACCAACUCUUCACCAACCAGAUGGCUCGCCUGUGCAUGUGUCUGGAUGUGUAUUUGGAGACAGAGGGGCAAGAUGAUAGUGUGGAGGGGCCAAGAGAGUUUCCACGUGAAAAGAUGUGUCUCCGAACUGUCAGGGGCCCCAAUCGUCUGAAACCAUUCAAGUACAAUCAUCCUCAAGGUUUCUUCAGUCAUCGCUAAACCCAUUAACAAUUCUGUUUGAUAACCUCUAAGUAUACCUUUGUUAUUAAUAGCAUAUAGAAACGACCACUUUUAAGUCUUUGUACCAGAGAAUAAAUAUUUUUUGACAA